AGAACGCUUCUGUGCCUCGUGCAAAACGGUUCAUUUCUCGUCCAGCAAAACGCUUCUGCUUUCUGUGUGGGUGUGUGUGAGUGUGCGUGUUGGCCGAAUGCCUGAGUAGAGAAAAAUCUAAUUAUUGUUAACGGCCCUCAGCUUCAGCACAGCACUUUGUUUUUUGCAUUAAGAAAUAUUUACGGCCUGCGGCAAAUCCAAUUGCUCUUUUCUGGACAUCAACUUUUGUGUGACUGCAAGGACGAGUGAUUGUGCUCGGUGUUGCUUCUGUUGCCUUGGUUGUGUCACCAACAUACACGCAAAUAACACACAAGCACACAUCAUACACACACACACAUACACACACAGCGCAAUCCUUGGAGAAAAGUGAAAGUGAGACGCCCCAGCGACCCGGAAAUCGGACAGCUUGGUAUUUUUCGCAUUUGGCGCACAACUUGGCUGGGAAAAAAAUAAACCCAGAUGCCCGAGGCAUUGAUUCUACCCGGCAUGGCUGACGCAGAGCCGGACCUCUCGACGUUCGAGAACAAGACGGGGCUGGCGGAGGACAUGAAGUUCCUGGCCUCCAUGCCCGAGCUAUGUGACGUAACCUUCCUGGUGGGCGAUACCCGCGAACCCGUCUGCGCCGUCAAGGCUGUGUUGGCAUCCCGAUCCCGAGUGUUUGCCAAAAUGCUCUAUGCUGCCCCCUCGCCGCAGCGGAAGAGGGAAACCUCCACCAAGGAGAACAAGCUGCGCCUCUUCCUCAAACGCUCCUCGGAGCCCCUGCUCAAUCUGCAGAAUGCCGCACAACAGCCCUCAGGUCAGCAGCAUCAGACGCUAAUUAUUGAGGAGUUUGAACCCGACGUGUUCCGUCAACUGAUCGAGUAUAUUCACACGGGCUGUGUGACCCUUCAGCCUCGCACUCUGCUGGGCGUCAUGAAUGCCGCUGAUUACUACGGCCUCGAGGAACUGCGUCGCGCCUGUGCAGGAUUUGUGCAGUGCUGCAUCAAUGUGGAUACCGUAUGCGCCCUGUUGGCCUCGGCCGAGCGUUACAUUCAGUACAAGUGCACGAAGACCUUGGUUCAAAAGGUUCUGGAGUUCGUGGAUGAGCAUGGAACCGAGGUGCUUAACCUGGGCAGCUUCACGCUGCUGCCACAGCACGUGGUUCGCCUGAUUCUGGCCAGGGAGGAGCUGCGGGCCGACGAAUUUACCAAGUUCCAGGCGGCACUAAUGUGGAGCAAGAAGUAUUAUGAUAACAAUCCGAACAUCGACAUUAAGGAGAUCCUGGGCACGUUCUGCGAAUACAUUCAGUUCCAUAAGAUACCGGCCAACGUGCUGAUGCGUGAGAUCCAUCCGCUGAACCUCGUUCCGUAUGCCAUCAUCAUGAACGCGCUGGCCUACCAGGCAGACCCAGAAAGCAUCGACCCCGGAAAGCUGUCUCCCAACUCUAGCCGACAACACCAUCGCCACCGUCACCACCACCAGUCGCUGCCCAAGAUCCGGAAAGCCAAGUCGCAGUCCUUCCGCACGCGACGCAGUCCCUCGGAGCGACGAAGUCCCAAUAAUGCACCCAAUCUGACUCUAAAUACCUCGUUGACCUCCGGCAAUGGAGAGAAGAAGCGCAGCCCACUGACGCCAAAGAGUCCGGUCAUGCCAGUGCCGGAGUCCAAAAGUCCAGGCAGCAGUUCCCAGAAGACGCCCACAUCGCUUUCGCGCCAGGGCACACUCCGGGCAUCUAAUCGACGAAAGAAUAGCGGACAGCUAUCCAUAUCGCUGGGCACGCAGGGCAGACGAAGUCCUGUGGGUCUCAACGAUCGCAGUCCCCAAGGACGACGGAGUCCGCUCUUCCCGAGCAGCGGAUUGAGGUCACCGAACGAUCCGAUGACUAGUCCCACAGUUAGAAGUCCAACUGGGGAGCCCCGAAGAAGUAGCCCCACAUUCAGCGUGCACACACAGGAACGUCGCUCGCCUUUGGGAGCAGUGGCUCCCACAGACUUUGGCUGCCAAUUCGGAGUUCCGGGUACCCGAAGGAGUCCCACAUCCACGGUCCACGUCCAAGACAUGGCCACUGAACCAGAAGAAGCGGGUUUUGUCGGUCUCAAGCGUCCGUCAAUAAGCCUCUUCACACCCAUAUAUUUCGCCAGUGAGAAGCGUUCGCCCAUGGGCCCGAUACCUCCGAUAACCGUCUCCAAUCCCGCCGAGACUUACAAGAGUGCGGAAAGAGAACGGGAGGCGGCGGAGGCAGCUGCCCGGGAAAAGGAAAAGGAGAAGGAAAAGGAGGCAGCCCAGCCGCAGGAGAAGAAGAGCGUGAUGCGCGAGAUCCUGGCCUUUGUGAGGAAGCCCUCUAAGCAUCUGAGCAGCCGAACCAACCGCUUUGCAAAUGCCUUCACCCGAGCGGAAUCCGGAUCCUCCGGUGGUCCUCUCAUCCGGCAGAGCACCUUCUCAGCCAGUCCAGCGGCAUCCUCUACGGCCGCCAAGAGCGCUGUCCAAAAGCAAAUGUCCGAGGUGGGCUUUGAGCCGAAGAUAUCGCAGAAAUUCACCCACUACGCCAAGAUGUCCCUGAGGCUGAGGAGGUCGACGAAACGCGACGAUGAGGAAAAGGAGAAGCAGAAGCAGAGUUCAGCUUCCGGAUCCAAAAGACCCAGUGCUGACUUAAGUCAGACCAACGCGGAUCAGCAGGUAGGUGGAUCGUCGGACGAACUGCCCUUCGAGUUGGCCAAUGUCCACUUCGAGAAGGUAGGUGAGUCCUAUAUCAAGCAUGAGAGGCUCCGUGAAUUGCAAGAACCCGAGGUCGUAAAGGAAGAGGACACAGAAAAGGAUGCGGAAGCGGAAGUGGAGGUGGAACAAACCGAUGCCGCCAUGGCCCAAUUCGUGGAGGAGGUCACCAAUUCCCUAAAAGUGGUGGCUCUCAACGGCGAAGGCGGAACAGCUGCAGUGCAUCACUUCACACGUCGAUCGGAGAGCCGGGAACCCAUAGAGCCACGAAUUAGCGAGGAACGGGAAUCAGAUUCCAAUGACCUAAUGAUACCAGAUGACAUGCGCGCCGAGCUGGUAGAGAUCUUGAAAGCCUAUCCCCCAGAACCAGUUUAUGUGAAUCUGCAGGCACUGCGGCGGGAGACCGAAGAUGCGGAUCUGGCCAUCGCCCAAGCUGAAGCCGCAGCUUUGGCGGCAGCCGAGCCCGCAAAGAAGCCGCUCCAGUGUCCUACCAUCGAGUUUGAGCCGCCGUCGCGCCGCUCCUCCUUCGAUCCGCCGCGUUCUCCGUUUUUGGAGCAGCUCCGCAGUCCCGGGGUGGACACGGAAACCGAUCUCAUAAACCUACAGCGUCUGGAUUCCGGGGGCGACAGCUUCGAGCUGGUGGAGAGUAAGUGGAGCAAGUCCAGUCGAGGGGAGUCCAGUUUCGAUUGCCCCUAUUCGUCCAGGGAUACCAGCUUUGACGUUUCCAUUUCGCGGUAUCAGUCCACUAGCUACGAGGAUCAGACCUCCAGCUUUGAGAUUGUAGAUACCGAUGAAAAAGGCCAGGGCAGACGAGCCGUUGAUCUGAGGAAGAGCUCCAUUGAGCUAGUGGAUGCGGAGACCUUCCAAAGAUCUGGCUCAUCCUGCGGAGGCCGCAAGUCCUCCCUGGAGACCCACUUUGACUACACACCCACCGAGGGCGGUGGUCGAUCGCCCAGCCUUCCGUUUCCGGCGAUGAGCAAGAAGCAGCGCACGGAGAAUUUCCGCCAGCUGCACGUCUCCCAAUUCAGUGCCUUCUCCCGGGCACGCAGUCCGUUGUCCCAGCAGACUUCCUCGAACUAUAGCUCCAGGGAUAGCUACGACUCGAGUGGGUCAUAUCCCCACGGCUAUGGCUAUCCACCGGAACCUCAGAGAAGUCCAUACGGUGAUCCCAGUCGCAAGCACUUUCCCCUGACUGUCCGGCAAAAAGGCGAGGAGGAGCGAGAGGUGCGCACCUUCCUCUGCACUGAUCAGAGAUGUGCCUCCAUCUUCGAGCCGCGACCCAGUUCCGUGCUCACCCAGCAGCUGUCCACCGGGUCCAUGUCCACCCCAUCGGGCUAUACAAACGGCACGCCCAGAAUUCCUGGUGCUGCUCCGGUCGGACCGGUUCCCCUGCCCCAUCCCAGCGCCCCGCUCUCCUCCUGCGGCUUCUCCAGCGGCAGUGAAUUCGAGCCACCGUCACCGAGACGAGCGGCCAGCGCCUCGCCCAAGCACACCUUCACAUUCCGCAUCGUAAUGAAGAAGGUGGACAGCUCGCCGGAGGCAUUGUGCCCGGAAAGGCAUCGCUCGAGGAUUAUAGAUCGUUACAGGAGGCGCGAUAGUCGCCGGAAGCGCAUCCAUGAUGCGGGAAAGAGCUUCUAGGGGACAAGGGGAAAUAGUAAUGGUAAUAGUGGAAACCAGUGAUGGGGGGGCUAGUACUUAGAUAGAAAACAAUGCCAAUAUACUUGGUAAAAUGAAAUGUGCUUGAAAUAUAUGGCAUAUAAAUCUAAUUUAAUUAACUGAUCAAAUUAAUUCUCAAACUCAACAAUAACUGCCCUUUACAUACUGAUGUCUUAGUACGUUAUUUCAAAAAUACUCAACGUUUGUACGAGAAUAUCGUACAUUAAAUUAAAAGCUGUAAAUGUAAUGCCGAAUUGCCCUUUAACGAUAAAACAUCACCUAUUUUAAUGUUCAAUAUGCAUAAAAUAGUCCUGAAUAAGAAUCAUAGUAAAUCAAUAUCAAGUACCUGUAAUUGCAUAUAUGUAUUUUCUAAAGUAAUUAUCACAGUUGUAUAUGAAUACAAUAUGACAUGCCAGGUGCUAAAUUAUAAACAGAAUUUCUAUAAUAUAUAUGCGUAUAAUAUUUUUUGAUUAGUUAGUCCAUCGUCUCCCAUUACUGGUACCAAAACAAAGUAAACCUCAUAAACACUGGCGGCAAUCUCUAUUGAUAUCUGUACGAUACGCAUAUAUUUUUGACAAUCUCGGUGUUGAAUCUGUGUAGAUCCUAAUCGCAAUCUCUUAGGGUUAAGGGUUAAAGGUGUCACCGAACAGAAGGCGUUUGGUAAUCAAACUUUAUAAAAUGGUUCUGGUUUUUAGGCCGUUUCAAAAGCUCUACCAAAGGCGCUCGCUUCGGGCCACCGAAGUUGGUUAAUCCAGUUUCCGUAACUUCGGGUGUCUGGUACUUAUGAUCUCUGCUGAUUUGUGAAGCAAACCUCGUUCGAACCGUGGUCGCAAACUAAUCGAUUGCCUAGGCACCAAAUGAAAUAUAGAUGAAGUCAAAAUGUAUAUUCUAAAUCAUUAACAAACUUAUGCGCAACAAUAAUUCCUCCCACGAUUUACCUGAUUACUAUUUAAACAACAAUAGAUCAAAAGUUUAUAUAUGUAUACAUGUGCAUAAGAGUUCACACUUUGAUGUUGUAAUUAAUGUGAAAACCGAAAUCAGAAAGAGAUAAUAUUCUAAGUAUUUGUGCAUUUUUACGUGGUUCCUGUUAUAUAGCUAUAAUUAUAUGCGUGUUAGCAAACGCGAGUAUUACAAAUUUUUGAUGGCAUAAUAUAAUCAAUAUACAUUGUAUGAUUCUAAAUAACCUAAGAUGAUGAUUUAAAUCUAAAUGUAACCGAACUGCGCUGCUAUUGCAAAAGGUGAGACAAGAUUUUCUAGUUAGCUCCUAAGACUAAGAUCAAAACAAAAUUAUGCGCAUCUGGGUGUGCGUAAAUGUUUGUAUAUUAAAGCUGGACUUGGGGCCGUACUUAAAUCUUAAAAUUUAGGAAAAGCAUUUGCUUUUGUGCCGCGCGAAGAGUGGAAAAAUUGUAUUACUAAAUUAAUUAAUAAUUAUUGUUAAACUUUGAGCAACAUUUUUGGACUCUGUGUUUGUUAGUCAAAGUUAGUGUAACCCUGAGUAAAGCAAGCCUAAAUUUAAGCAGAGUAACUAAAGAAUCAUAGUUUACAAAGUAUACACAGAUCUAUGUUAUAUUCUAAGUGGAGUAAGAACCGUUUUUAGCGAGUUACUCCUAAGAAGCAAGAUAUCAGCAUUUUACAGGUAAUUACGCUUCAUAAGCAUUUAAUUCCAAUCAAAUGGUAACUAAUCGUACCGAUAACCACACAUCAAAUUGCCACCAGCCGACUUCUUGGGGAUCUGAAUGGAUCCAUCGAUCCAGAACUACAAACUCGUAACACUCGUAAUCGGAAUGCCAGUAGAAACGUUGCUAUUUUGAUUUGUAGUUGCUUGUUUUGAAACUAACCAAACAGUCGCUGACCAAAUCGCUUAACAGUUUACCAUAUUUUCGAUCGAUUUUCCAUUGCGCCUCUGAAUGCUUGUGAGAGGUGAUCGCCAAUGGAGCAAAUUGUAGCGAUUCGGAUUCAAUUCCGGCCAGAACACCCAACUACAAUUUCACAAUGCCAACUUUUUCUAUUUGCAGAGCGGGUUUACGUUCACAGUGUGCCAGCUGGAUCGGAUGUGGAUGUAGGCCCAGUUUGCCCAGCUUAUAUACUGAAUACUACAUAUGUAUAUACAUAUAUUUAGUAUUCCGCUUUUCCGGUUGUUUAUUCACAGGAUGUCGUUGUCGUGGCAUUUGUUAGACUAAGUCCAGUUAAAAACGAAUCGAAUCGAAUCGCGUUAAAUACCUUACUUUGCAUUUUUAUUGCUAUUGUUACCGCUCACAAACAUACUCGAAUAGUUAGAGCUAAUACCUUCCAACAUUAUGUGCGUUCGUUUUUAUUGUAAUUUGAGAC